UCGAACAGAAAAGAACAUGGCGAAUUUCAGUGACGUACAACGGGGAAAUUUUGGCAAAGAAUUGUUCACGAAAAUAGAGAGCUCUAAGGUUUUAGUUGUAGGUGCCGGUGGUAUCGGCUGUGAGCUGCUUAAAACAUUGGUAUUGACUGGUUUUAACGACAUUGAAGUGAUUGAUUUGGACACCAUAGAUGUGAGUAAUUUGAACAGACAGUUCUUGUUUCAAAAGCAACAUGUAGGGAAGUCCAAAGCAAGCGUAGCUCGAGAAAGUGCUAUCGAGUUUAAUCCAGAAGUAAAGAUUAAAGCUUACCAUGACAGCAUUAUUAGUUCCGAUUACAACCUUCGUUUUUUUAAGAGAUUUACUAUCGUAUUGAACGCUUUGGAUAACAGAACUGCUCGCAAUCACGUGAACAGAAUGUGUUUGGCUGCUGAUAUACCAUUGGUUGAGAGUGGUACAGCUGGUUACCUCGGACAAGUAACAUUGAUUAAAAAGGGUGUAACUGAAUGUUAUGAAUGUCAACCGAAACCACAUCAAAAAUCAUUUCCUGGCUGUACCAUUAGGAAUACACCAUCCGCACCAAUACAUUGCAUUGUGUGGGCAAAACAUUUGUUCAACCAGCUUUUUGGUGAGGCUGAUGUUGAUGAAGAGGUGUCACCAGAUGCUGCUGACCCAGAAGCAAUAGGUAAUGCAGGAAUGGCUGCCACAAAUUCAUCCAGUAUGGAAAUAAACAGGAUUUCAACUCAAGAUUGGGCAAAAUCUAUAAACUAUGAACCUGCAAAACUUAUUGAGAAGUUUUUUAUUGAGGAUAUUAAAUAUUUGCUCUCCAUGGAUAAGCUAUGGAAAGAACGAAAGCCGCCCGUUCCAUUGAACUUAGCAAAUCUUGAUGAGAAAUCAUCGGCAAUAUGUCAAGAUGGUUUGCUCGAUCAGAAAAUUUGGACAGUUAAAGAAUGUGUUGAAUAUUUUUCAAGGAGUAUCAGACUUUUGCAGAAAGAAUUGACAAGUAAAGAUGAUUAUUUGAUUUGGGAUAAAGAUAGUGAUGCAUCGUUAGAUUUUGUUGUCUCUGCAAGCAAUAUUCGAGCACACAUCUUUGAUAUUAAAAAAAGUCGGUUUGAUGUUAAAUCAAUGGCAGGAAACAUUAUUCCUGCCAUAGCUACCACUAACGCAGCUAUAGCUGGACUUAUUGUACUUGAAGCUUUAAAAGCUAUUGAAAAUAAAAUUGAACAAUGUUGUACUGUUUAUUUAAACAAGAAACCAUCCGUACGCAAGAAACUACUUCAACCGUCUCCUUUGGUGGCACCCAAUCCAAAGUGUUAUGUUUGUGCUAGCAAACCUGAAGCAAAAGUGAUGUUGGAUUGUGAUAGGAUGACAGUGAAAAGUUUUGAGGAGAAGGUUUUAAAGCAAACAUUUGGUGUCAUUGCGCCUGAUGUUGAAAUUGAUAAUGGUAAGGGGACUAUUUUGAUUUCCAGUGAAGAAGGGGAAACGGUUCAAAAUAACAGCAAGGUUUUGUCAGACUUUGGUAUCAGUGAUUGUUCUCGACUGCGUAUUGACGACUUUCUCCAAGAUUAUGAACUCGUUUUGAACAUUGUGAAUUCUUCUAGUAUGUCCGAUGAUGAUCACUUCAAAAUACUUGAAGAUGUUGAAAAAGAUGAAGAGAAAAGUGUCACAAAAAUUAAUACUGAAGAAAUAGAUACUUCAACUGUUUUACCAUCAAUGGAUGUGUCUAAUAAAGAAUCAAACUUUGACCAAGCCAGUAGAAAACGAAAGGCUGACGAUUCUCCCCAAACGGAGAACAAUGAUGGUAGAAAACAUGCUCGUAUAGAUUUAACGAAUGAUGAUGAAAUUGUGUCUUUGAUUCAUUCUAAUGGAAGUUUUAUGGACGAAGAAGAAAGAGUUGAUACGCUAGAAGUGAUUGAUGUUGAUGCACUUCAACAAAAUGAUGCACCUGUAGUGAUGGUUCUUGAUCAUGAGGAUAGUGUUCAACCUCGUGAUUUGGUCACUCCUGUUGAGAAAAAUGGUGAAAGAUCAAAGCCUGAUGUUGUUGUUCUUGAUGAUUGAUGUAUUGAAACGUUAUAUGAUGGUUUAACUCCUUUUAACAGUAUUUUUUUCACCUUUUUAUAGUAGGUCUUGUUGUAUUGAUGUGAAUGAUGUUCAACAUUAAAAAAAAUUAACUUGAGUAUGUCUUAAAAA